UUCCGUAGUCCGUACUAUAGCAACGCUUUUUCCUUUCCAUCCUAAAAGAAAUCCAAAAAUGAUCCAAGCUCAUUUUUGAAUUGACACAACUACAAAUUUGAAAUACCCAAAUUCAAUACGCAUUGAAAUCAUUGAUUGAUCAAUUCAACUUUCAGACAAUGAAAUUUACUCAAACAGAAUUCAAUUUCUGAACAAUCUCACCUUCCCCAGAAAAAAUAAAUUUAAACCUCAUUGAAGUAUCAACAAUGGCGUCUUCGCUAUUAUCCCCAACACAAAGAUACGCCGCUGGCACAUUAUUCGGGUUAGCAAUUCACCAGGCGCAGAUUCACCAGUCUCAUCCUCUUGGCUCACCCAAUCAUAACGCCGACGAUGAUCAUGAUCGAAAUGAUGAACAUCAUCAUCAACAACGAAUUAGCAAUGGAAGUAGUAGUAGCGGUGAUUCUGUUUCUGAAGAUCAUCAUCUUUGGGUUCAUCCCGAUUUCUCUCUCCUCCGUCCCAUUCUCCAGUUUUUGGAGAUUGAUUCUGGGGCGUGGCCUGGGAUUGAAGAAACUGCUGGUGCUUCUCUAGCUACUCAUCAUGUUGGAGCGUAUCUGAGAUUGCUUUCAGAAGAAAUCGAGGAGAGCUCCUCCGAAAAGAAGGAUCUAGAGCUUGGUUUGGCAAAAGGUGUUGAUGGUAUGAAAGCUAGCAUGGAAGCUUCUACUGAUUCUGAAACUAAGAAGGGUAAACAGCGUGAGUAUGCGCAGGAACGCCGAGAAAAGUAUUCUGUCCCUGAGACACCUGAGACACCAUCAACCUCCGAUGAGAGAGAAGUAAUCGAGUCUAUCCAAGAAAGAACUGUUGCAGCUGUUCCUGAAGAAAGUUCCAGUCACGAAUCUGAAUAUAAAUUCAAUGUGGAGCCGGUGGAGGAGGAAAGAAUACUUGGCUAUGAGAGGAAAAUAACAGUUAUUUAUGAACUUCUUUCAGCAAGCCUCGCAUCCAUGUCAGUAGAUAGCAAAAAAUCUAAGCAAAGAAAAGGCUAUGAUGCACGACAUCGUGUCGCAUUACGAUUACUUGCAACUUGGCUUGAUGUCAAGUGGGUGAAAGUGGAGGCAAUGGAGACUAUGAUCGCCUGCUCUGUUAUGGCUCUAGUAAAGGAAGAAGAAACAAAUAAAGAACAAACUGAUCCAGAAAAGACUUCAUGGGCCAAAUGGAAGAGGGGGGGCAUCAUUGGAGCUGCUGCUGUAACUGGGGGAGCCUUGCUGGCCAUUACAGGAGGACUAGCUGCCCCUGCAAUCGCUGCUGGAUUUAGUGCGUUGGCUCCUACUCUGGGCACUAUUAUCCCUGUGAUAGGAGCUGGUGGUUUUGCGGCUGCUGCUAGUGUUGCCGGUUCUGUUGGCGGCUCUGUUGCCAUUGCUGCCUCAUUUGGAGCUGCUGGAGCUGGCCUCAGUGGUACCAAGAUGGCUCGGAGGACUGGGAAUAUCGAUGAGUUUGAGUUCAAAGCUGUAGGAGAAAACCAUGGACAGGGACGACUGGCAGUUGGAAUCUUUGUUUCAGGAUUUGUCUUUGAUGAGGAAGAUUUUAUAAUGCCUUGGGAAGGACUAACUAAUAACCUGGAGAGGCAUGUGCUGGUAUGGGAGUCAAAGCAUCUCAUUGCUGUCAGUACAGCAAUACAAGAUUGGCUCACUUCAAGUAUUUCUUUGGGAUUGAUGAAGCAAGGGGCCAUGUUGACAGUACUUAGCACGCUUCUUACUGCGUUAGCUUGGCCAGCCACCUUGCUUGCACUUACCGAUUUUAUAGACAGCAAGUGGUCAAUUGCAGUAGACAGAUCUGACAAAGCUGGAAAGCUACUUGCUGAAGUUCUAUUAAAAGGAUUGCAAGGGAACAGGCCUGUCACACUUGUAGGUUACUCAUUAGGAGCUAGGGUAAUUUUCAGGUGCCUCCAGCAUCUGUCUAAAACUGAACAUCAAGCUAAUCUUGUUGAGAGAGUUGUUCUUCUUGGGGCUCCCAUUCCAAUCAAAGAUGAGAACUGGGAAACUGCUCGAAAGGUUGUUGCUGGGAGAUUCAUCAAUGUUUAUUCCCGAAAUGACUGGAUACUUGGUGUUGCCUUCCGUGCAAGCCUUCUGUCAAAGGGUCUAGCUGGAAUCCAAGCAGUUGAUACUCCGGGUAUCGAGAAUGUGGACGCGACUGAUAUCAUCGAAGGCCAUUCGUCCUAUUUAUGGGCAACACAAGAGAUUAUGGACCAACUUGAGCUGGAUACCUAUUUCCCAGUUUUCAGAGGCUCAGCUACUAAAAAAUAGAGCAUCAUUCUCCCAAAUGCUCGAUUUUCAACAUCAUGCCUUGGUAAAUUUUCCGGGCUGUAUUUUGCUGAACAUUGAUGGCUAAGUUUGGCUUCCUCUACUGAUGUAUAGUCUUGUAGAUGCGAUGAAGAAUGUUGUUGUUAUAAAAGAUCGACCUCUAGAUAAAAAAAAAGUAACGUGUUAGAAGAGCAAGGAAACUGUAAUAAGAGAUACAUACGAGUAUAUACAAGUGUAUGUUUAUUCGUUUCAGUCAAAUAGUGUGCUAUACUACAUUACUAGGUCAUCAAACUCAAAUCUAAUAUGCAGUACAGUAUUGAGUAUAUCAAACUCAAAUGUAAUAUGAAGUUGAAUAUUUGCAUAUAUCUUUGAACUUUUGAAGUAGAAAUCACAACAGUUUGAGGUAGUA